UGCAGAGGUGAAUAAAAAAUGAGAAGUUUCAAGUAAAAAUUUUAAGAUGUUAAAUUCUGUGUUAGAAGGAGCUAAACAUGCAGCAGCUGAAGCAACAGCAAAAGGAAUAAGAAUGGCUGCUAAAGCAGUUGCCUCAAAGCAAUCAUUGCCUCUUGGAGAAGCUGGGGAAGCUGUUGAAGAACAAUCCAAGAUGGGAGGAAUUAAUAAAAAUUUGAUUAAUAGACCAGCAUUGGUAAAACGGUUAUCGCCUGAUUUUAUGCGUGCUGUAGUUCAAGAUGGGUGUGAACUUGCCCGUUGCCAGCUAAUUUGUAUUCGAGUAAAAUUUGAUGCAAAAUGUGGAGGUUCUGCCGGAACAUUGCUUUCUGAAGCUUUUGUUAGACCUAUUUCUCAAGCACAAGAAUUUUUAAGUUAUGGCAGUAUUGCUCCAUUUAUGGGGGCAUUUUUACCACAUCAAUGUGAUUUUAUGGUAAAAAAAGAAGUUUUAAAUGAAUUUCGAAUACCUCCAGAAUUGGAUGAUGCUUUACACAAAAAAUAUGAUAUGGUAGAAAAUAACAUUGAUAAUAAUUCAUUUGGGGAAGGUGAUGGAAUUAUUGUUGAGAAAAUGGAAGAACAGGAAAUUAUAGAAAAUACAGAGGAAACAACAGAGGAACAUGAAGAAAUACAACAGUCAACAGAAUUUCCUACACAAAUAGUAAAUGUGAAUCAAGAAGGGCAAAUCCAGGUAAUUAACAUAGAAAGAUCUAUCAACUAUAUAUUUUUUAAGGUCGUACCAAAAAAGACUAACAACAACAACCAAUCGCCUCAACAACCUUUUCAACAACAAACUCCAAACAAUACUGGCCCUCACCUCAAUGUUAGCCCUGGGGAUCUAAAAAGUGUUGCUCAUGUAGUUAGCCGAACAGCUUCGCGGAAAGGGCCGAGAAAUUAUUAAAUGAAUUUAAAAUUCAAAAAACAAAUUUUUAAACCACAAAAUUGAUUUUUAAAAAAUAACUCUCUCAGGUCAAUCCCCCUAAUAUUAAAAAUAAAAAUAUAUAUUAAAUAUUUACUAUAAAAACCACAAAUUAGAUAUAUAAAAUGAAAAAAAGCGAUAGACAGGCCCUGUAAA